AUGAGUCGGGAUUUGGCAAGGGAGGUGGAUGAGGCGCUGCAGCAGGACAGGUAUGACCUCCCGCUCUUCCUUCGCUUCCUGAAAAGUUACGUCAUGGCGGGUACACAGCCUGACAAGCGCUUGCUUCUUGGAACCCUUCUGCAGACGCUCCCGCGCUUCCAGUGUAGCGACUUCUCAGCAUGCAUCUCCCUCGUGCCGGGGCACGUGCAGGAUGCCCACUACAUUGAGAAGGAGCUCGGCCUAAUUUACGAUCUGGAGAACUACCUGAGCUGCGGCAGGUUUGUGCAGUUCUGGGAGGUGUGGGGCGAGGCAAAGGGCCUCCUCGCCGCCGCGCCCAGCUUCGAGCCGCAGGUGCGCGCCGGCAUCUUGACGGUGGUGGCCAGCACACUCGAGAAGGUGCCGGCGGCGAGGCUGGCGACGUACCUCGGCGUGAGCCCCGACCAGCUGCAGUCCACGCUGAACGAGUCGGCCCGCCUCUCCGGCGACGCCGCUCCGCUCCUUUCCUGCGACGCGGAGACGGUGACGUUUGCCAAGUCGACCUUCAACGCCCCGGAGAGCGACACCAACCAGCAGCCGCUGCGCUUCUCCGACAUCGUCUCGAUUGUCUCGUGA